GUUUUGUUUUAUGUAUUUUUGUAGGUGGAAGGUUUGCAAUCUUUUUUGUGUUUCAUCCUUCGCUUUCUGCCAAGCUGAAGGUUUCUUUCAGGUGAGAGUUUCUGGUCGUUACUUCAUAUCCUCCGUUCGGAGUAGAGAACGGUGUUAUCACCCCCGACUUCUGUGCAAAACAUACUGCAAUUUUAGCUGAGGCUAGGUUGACAACAAUAGGUAUGAGUCGACCUGUAGGCUUUCUAGCAAUCUGUUUCCUCGGCUUGAUCAUUGGAGAGUGCCUGGCGCAGACAUGUGUGCCUGAUAGUGCCUUUCCGUCGUGCAAGUGCACCAUCUCGGGCGGAAAAGAUGACCAGAAAGUUAUCGACCUCUCUCCACUUCGCAAGGCUGCUCUGAAAGCGAAUGACACGAACAACCAGUACCAGUAUGAAUGGAAACUGUGCGAUGCACUGAAUCUGCCUCCAGCCACCGGAUCUUGCACUACGGCCGAGGCCGCUGCUGUUUGUCAAAAUGAUCGUGGUAUUUGGAGAUCUACAGGACGUCAAACAAACUCUAGUUUCGAGUUCUCCUCAGGUUAUUGGCAUGUGCGAUAUGGCGAGGGAGAGAAAGCGACCCAGCCGGUAGGUACUCGCCAAACCCGUGCCAUGCUGAUGUGUGAUCCCCUAGUGGAAGGCGAAUUCAAAAUCAUUGCUGAAAGUGACUUGACUUACGCUCUUGCCUUGACCAGCAAGUACGCAUGUCCAGCCAAACCCUCUCCGCCCGCUCCUCCACCCCAUUCCAGUGGACACAAGUUGAGCGUCGGAAGCGUUCUCACCAUCAUCUUCUUUGUUGUGUUGAUAGCUUACAUUGUCGGCGGCGCCGUGUACUUGCGCGGUGCUCGUGGAGCGGAAGGUUUGGAGAUGAUUCCAAACUACACGUUCUGGACAGCUCUACCGGGCUACAUCAAGGAUGGUGUUGUCUUCCUCUUCUCGAUGGGCCGAGCUGACAAAUCGGGUUACGAGACCAUCUAAGUCCACAGCAGCAUCAUCGGCAUCAGCAACACAGCGUGUGCUGCAUCGCUGCCGGAGCUCUGCGCGGAUUGCAGUACGGUACGCCGCAUGUAGGUCUACGUGCAUGUGUACAUACGAGAGUUUAACCGGACGGGCUCUCCUCUCAUCAAGCAAGCAGCGGUGCUCUGCGUCAUUAGGUUUGUCGUAGUCUCCUGUUGUUUGCAGUGCUCCAAGGUGGUGAUUUGCAGUGCGCUUGUGUGUGCAGGCCACGCCCUGUGCAACGUCUUUAUCAUGCGUAUGUGGCCCCUUUCUGCUGCGCUCUGCGGUGUUCGUUCCGUCCCCGUCCGGCUCGUUCUUACAUUCUGUUUCCUUUGUCUUGUUUGUUGUUCAGUACCCCCUGCCCCCUGCCCGCGCUCAUCCUUUCCUGCAUUUCGGCGUUGUUACUUUCUGUUUAUACCGUGCGCCUUUUCCCCCUGUGACAUGUGCUUGGCUAGCUUCUACCUGCACCCUUGUCUAUCUGCUGCUGCUGCUGCUGCUGCUGCUGCUGCUACUGUCGCCGUCGUCGUCGUGGUUGUUUUUAAACAUCCGAAUGUCGUGUGUCUACAAGUAGGUGUAUUUCUGCUCUGCUGCUGCUGCUACUGCUCAAAAUUGCAUGUGUUGCCUCGCCCCGUUUUUUUGCUGCAUCAUCGGCUGUGCAGCCGCCACGCUCUCUCGGGGCUUCCCCGUGCUGGUCUGACCGCGUACGCCGUCUUUCUAGUCUUUCUAGUUGCUACCCCGUCCCGGGUGUGUGUGUACCCCCCUGGAUGUCCGAUGAGAACGCCUUGAGCCGGCUGGCGAUGAUCUGCGACGAAAGCACUGCUUCCACUAAACAUGCACCCCCGGCCAAUAUCCGCGCAGGCGCCAGCGUAGCAGCAGCAGCAGUAGUGGUAGUCUGGUGCGUGCAUGAGGCACCAGAUGCAUGCGCGCACGCACAGCAACCAAAUGUACAUAGAUCUCAGUGGACGUGCUCUAGUACUGGUGCUUCGGCUUGCUUUCCCCCUGUAGUGCAUUGCUAUAUGCAUCUGAUGAUUUUCUAUGCUCGUGACCGAUUCCACUGGCAAAGUUUUUAUAUUUCCAUCUCUUUACAAGCUGUGCAUCGACUGUACUUCAAAGUAUUGUGCAUGCCACUUGCGCAGCCAUGCCUAGUUGAGAUACAGACACUGAGACAGACAGAUCAUAGAGAUGGU